AGAACUUAGUGUUGAGGGGGUACCUCACAGCAACAAAGUUAAAGUUUUGGUUUUUCCCUCUUGCUUCUUCUCCAUGGCCAUGUUGUAUGCUCUGGCUCAGAGACAUUUCAUGGCUACUACAUCAAUAUUACUUGUCCUUGCACUGGCUAGCCUGGAAAUAACAAUAACAGGUGCACAGUCCAUAGGGGUUUGUUUCGGAGGGGAUGCCGAUAAUUUACCAAACAAAGCAGAAACUGUGCAGCUCUAUGAAUCAAAUUACAUUCGAAGGAUGCGAAUCUACGAUCCCGAUCCAACAGCAACUCUCCAGGCCCUCAGAGGAUCAAACAUAGAGCUCAUCCUCGGUGUCACCAAUAAUGACCUUCAAAGCUUUGCGUCUAGCAAUGCCACAGCAAGCCAAUGGGUCCAGAACAAUGUCAUAAACUACAUCACCAAUGUCAAUAUCAAAUACAUUGCUGUUGGGAAUGAGGUACAACCUACCGAUUCAACACCUCCCUUCCUUCUCCCCGCGAUACAAAACGUCUACAAUGCCAUUGCCAAUGCUGGCCUACAAACCCGAAUCAAGGUCUCGACAGCAAUAGACUUGAGGCUAAUAGAGAAUUAUGACAGGCCAUCACAAGCCUCCUUCACUGACAAUGCAAGGCCAUACAUGGAACCGAUAAUUGGGUACUUGGUUAGCAUAAAUUCACCACUCCUUGUCAAUGUGUACCCCUACUUCACCUACAUUUUCAACACACCAACCAUUCAGCUCCCCUAUGCCUUAUUCACCGCCCCCGGGGUCGUCGUACAAGAUGGUGGAUUGGGAUACCAAAAUCUCUUUGAUGCAUUGUUGGAUGGAAUGUACACUGCAGUGGAGAAGUUGGGAGGAGAGAGUCUGCAGAUUGUCGUAUCGGAAUCUGGUUGGCCGUCGGAGGGAGGUACAUGGGCAACUACUGAUAAUGCAGCCACUUACUACAAGAAUUUGAUUGGUCAUGUGGAAGAAGGGACUCCUAAAAGGCCUGGAAAGGCAAUAGAGACUUAUUUGUUUGCCGUUUUUGAUGAGAAUCAAAAGGAUGGUGACGAGACAGAGAGACAUUUUGGGUUGUUCUUCGCCAAUAGGCAGCCAAAGUACAAUAUUAGUUUUACUUUGAAGUGAUAAAGAGCAUCCUAGUACUGCAGACAUUACCAGAAAUUUUACAUUCCCCACCAAUCCUCGAAUGUAAUAAAUGGUUUUUUUUUUUAUCUCUUUGCUAUUGGAAUAAAUGCUU